AUUUCAUGGCUGCUUUAUCUGAUCCAAGAGCAUUUUUGUCUGCUCAAGAAAAGCGUGCACAACAAAUGAAGGCAAUGGGUAUUGAAGAAACCGAUAUAAACACCAAAGAUAUUUUAGCUGGUAAUGCUGGAGAAGGCGAAAAGACUGGUAAAAAGGGGAGCAAAAACAAAAAGUCUGAUGAACCAAAGAAAGAUGAAGAACUGAAAUUCGAAAAUAUAAACCUCGAGUACCUGAGAAAUGACAAAGGGUUUCAAAAAGCAAGACGAAAGCAAGAAAAAGAAUUAGAGGCUUUACGCAAGCGACAAGCUAAGGAAAAGUCUGCUAUACAAAAACAACAAUGUACAUCUGUGGAAAAAGCCGUUAAAGGCAAAGACAAAACUGAAGUGAUCAACGAUGGUGGUGUUAAAAAAUUGGUGACUGAACAAAUGACUCAGUGGUCUGAAAUGGUUGAACGUCACAGGCGAGAGAAAUGGGCGUUACAAAAACAGCAAGCUACUGAACAGCAGGAUGCCCUUAUAAAACUUAUGGAGAACCUCCAAGCUGCACAAAUGAAGCAGUUAGAAGUUCGUCACGAAAAAGAUUUGAAAGAGAUGAACACCAGACAGGCAAAAAUAUCAGUGGAAGUGAUGAAAGAAGUGAUGAACGAUAAGACAUUAAAAACUAAAGGCGAUAAGGACAGACGAUUAAGAGAAAAGAAACAAAACAAUACUAAAAAAUUCAUGGACGAGAGGAAACAUGCUCAGAUUAAACAAGCUAAAGACAAGGAUAAGUUGCAGGCAAAACAYGAGAAGCAAAAGCAAGAGUUAAUUAAAGAGAUAAACAAUAUAUUCGAUCUGUACGUUUUAGCUUUUGGAGAUGUACAAGAACGAGGAGAUCGAGUACGAGUUGAGCAACAAGACUGAGUUUUUCGUAUGAUGCCGCAACAACAAUGUAACGAAUAAUGACUCGCAUGUCGUUGCUAUGGCUAUCGUGCAUGCCCAUUUUAUUAUGAUUUAUAAUAGAUUAAAUUGUUCAUACAUUUUUCACAUAGUUACUAAAAUAAUUAUAAWUUAUUAA